GUCAGUGGAUAGUUGUCCACAUUGCAUCCUCAAAAUUUGAGCCUUCAAGAAUACUCCUACAUUAGGUGGACCCGAGGGAGUACAUAGUAGAAAUGCUCCCCACAUGCUCCUGCAUGUAGCCAUGUGGGGAUGUACGUGUAUAAGAAGGGGAAUUGGUGUUGAGAAUAUGUUCAAGGAAAUGAUGCAUGCGGUGAAGUUGCCUUUCUCCUCUCUUCCUUCUCGCCCUAAUUUCUCUCUCUUCUCUCCUCCUCUCUACUUUCCUCACCCUUUCUCAAUCAUCUCUUCUCCUAAUGCUGCUUUUCAUUUGAGUGCUAAACUGAGGCUACAAUGCUUUAAGCCCACUGUUCAGGUGCGGCUUCAGCCUCCAUUGCAGGAUGAACAUGAAGCAGAAUGGAGGCAUUCAGGGUGCAUACCCUCCUUGGAGGAGUAUCAAAUGGUGGCUAACCUUAGCGUUUCUACCAGCGUCACCGCCUUGAGUCCGUUAUUCAUCAUAGGAGAAGUCAUUUCAGACGAGAUGCUACGGUUGGUGGGUCAAUGCUCAAGAUUUCUCUAUCACAUUGGACUCAUUAGCCGACUUAGCAAUGACAUUGUCACCUCAGAGAGGGAAGAGCAUUUAGGCAAGAUGGCAUCAAGCAUUGGAUGCUUCAUGAAAGAUCACCCCGGGAGAACCAAAGCCGAAGCCAUGGCUCAUUUGCAGGGUUUGAUCGAAUCCAGCAAUCGAGAAUUGGAAUGGCAACUGUUUGAGUUUAAAGGAGUUGUGCCUGACUCGAUUCUUCGUGCACUUAUAAACUUUGGAAGAACCAUGGGCUCUCAUUUACAAGAACUCGGAUGACUUUAACAGCAUGACCGAUCGAGGAUUGGAGCAGCUACUGAUGGAUUUUCUCUAUAAGCCACUUGCUUAAUAUGGCUAUAUUGUGUGGUGUAUUAGCGUAGAAUCUGAUUACAUAAAUGGUAAAUAAAUCUUAGAAUUAUGCAUGA